AUGCCAUCACAUAAUCCGUUGGUGAUAACAUUGCCAUACACAUUCUCUAACCAGGAUGUUCCAACAGAGAUUAUGGCUAAUCGAUUUUCGGCUUGGAGAUCCAUCAUUAAAGAUUUAGUCAACUAUUUCAAGGAGUAUUCCAGUGUUCAAGAAGAGAUAAUAAGACAGCAAUCACGAUUACAACAAGCAGUUGGUCAAAUUACUAAUACUACUACCAAUAAUAACAACUAUAAUAAUUCAACUCCUAACAGUGAGAUUGAAGCCAUCAAUAAUUUUUUCUUGCCCAUCGGUAAUGGUUCGGUUCAAGAUAUUCCCAAUGCAUUAUUCAAAUUCCAUCAAAAAAAUGUUGUUGAUGGAUCGAAAACUUUGAAGGAUAUAAAUGGUCUUAUUAUCCCCAAGUUGGAGGAAUUAAGAAAAGACUUGCUUGUCAAAAUCAAGGAAAUCAAAAAUCUACAAAAUGAUUUUAAAAAUAAUUUAUCGAAAGAGUUGAAUGAUACCAAAUCUUUAAUUAGUCAAUAUAAUCAAGCAAUUGAAUUGGCCAAUAAAUUGGGCAGUACAGGUAAUUUCAGCCAUAUCACCACUUUACAUGAAGCCGAUAGUGGGAAGAGUGAUCCUUAUUUAGUGAAAAUCAGAUUAGAACGACAAUUGAAACGUCAGUUGGUAGAAGAGAAUUAUCUUUAUGAUGCAUACGCAAACUUACAAAAUGCUGGACGUCAAUUGGAAUCGAUUGUUGUUUUAGAAAUCCAAAACUAUGUAUCAAUGUUUUUGAAUUUAGUUAAUGAGGAGAAUUUAAAUUUUAGUCAACAUUUGUUGCCAAAUAUUAGUAAUGGAUUCUUAAGUAAAGAAUCGAAUUUUGAAUGGGAUGCAUUUAUUGAACGUAACUUACCCAAUGUGAAUAACCAUGGUACUGUCUCAAGUGGUACUUUUAUUGAUUUAAACAUACCAAAAAGACAUUUAUCUGAUUUUGUCAUAAAAAAUUUUGAUUCUAAUUUAAAUGUUGCCAUUAGGGAGGGAUACCUUGAACGAAGAUCAAAAUUUUUGAAAAAUUACACUAGUGCUUGGUAUGUUUUAACCUGUAGCUAUAUUCAUGAAUUCAAAUCCAGUGACCGUAAGAAAGACCCUCAACCAGUUAUGUCUUUGCCCUUGGACUCGUGUACCGUUAGUGAUCAUUCUAAAAAUGAUGGCAAAUUGGAAGGGGUUUAUAAAUUUAUAUUAACUUCGAAACUGCACAAUACUUUGAUGAACAAGACACACAAAUGGGUUUUCCGAACCAAUACUUAUCAAAACAUGAUCGAGUGGUUUGACAGCAUUAAGAAAAUGACAAGUUUGCCUACACCAGCAGCACGAGCAAGAACCAUUGAAGGUGGUAAUAGCAAUGGCAACAACGGCACUUCUGGUAAAACUAUUGCUAGCGAUACAACUAGUGGUAAUUCUAUUUCUCGUGUUUCGUCAGGCAAUACUGCUCGCUCACCAGCAAGAUCUUUGAAAACAGUUAGUACAAAUACAACUUCUGCUUCCCAAGCAUAUAAACACAGAUCCUUAAAUCAGGCCAGCUCAAGCCAUAAACGGUUGUCUUCGACAUUUUCGCAGAGAAAUAACAAUCAAUCGCCAAGACUCACUAAUAUGAUCAAUAGUGAUGGAACAAUAAUUACUCCAGUUGAUACGGAUGAAGAUUCAAUGAAACGGUCAAGUAGAAUCUACCAGCAACAGAAACUGCAGCAACAACAACAACAACCACAGCAACCACAGCAACAGGGACCAUCUACACCAAAUCAACAGCCAGGUCCUUACCACUUAAUACCAAUUGCUAACCAACAGCAUCAGCAACAGCAACAACAAUUUGUGAAUCCACCAGCUGGUUAUCAGUAUUAUAUCCCUUCCAAUGCCCAACAAGGAGCACAACAGUUUUAUGAUCCUGUUCAACAACAAUAUUAUACAAUCACUCCAACUGUACCAGUUAAUUCAAAUUCCAACAAUAAUAAUCAACAACAACAACAGCAACAACAACAACAACCAGCUCCACAACCACAAUAUUUUUCAACAUCACCUCUUCCGACACCUCAAAUUAUUCCUGGUUCCCCAGUUGCACCAGCAUUUGGACAGUACUUUCAACAACCACAAUUUGUUCAACAAAAACAGCAACAGAAAGAUGGUGGGUUACCGUAUCCUACUAUGAGUCGGACAACACUGAUAUAUAAUAAUGACGAUACCAUAACUGACGAGCAAAUUCCUAAACCAACUGCCCAACAGCAAAGACAAGAUCAAGGUAAAGAUCAAUUAGGUUCAUCAUUAUACACUGGUCAUCCAAAUGGUGAUCGUCCUGGUCAAGGCAUAUCACAGUUAUCUAAUGAAGAAGUUUCUACUUUGAAUAGUAAUAAUGAAUCAAAUCCAAGAACCACUGUUCAGAACAAAGAACAUGUUGGUGAUAUAAGUAUUGAAGUAACUCCUGGUAAAGAUUGA